GCUACACCUGUGAUAGAAAUUCACUGACACAAAAGUUCUGCAUACAGGCGCACAAAUCCUCGUCUGCGACCAAAUCACUUUCCCGGAGACAUCAGAUUUUAUGAUGUCAGCCUUGCAAUGUGUUCAUAAUGAGUGAAAAGGACGAGUUUCGGCAUAAUCAUGAGCACAGACAAUUUGACCACGGAGAUUCCAUCGUCGUCUCGAACGCCUUUGGGUUCUGUAACCAUGGAAGACAGCAGCCAUGGUUUCAAUGAAAGUAGGUCUGUCACGACUAAAGACAACCUUAAAUUACUUGAUUUAAGCACUGCUGGCAACUUUUGUGAAAAUCAAGGAAGGGAAAGUGAGUAUGCGGCAUCUUUGGCCGACGAAUAUGAAGAAAACUUGGAACAGACAAGAAGUAUGGUACGGGCUCGAACAAACCAUGUUCGCAAGCAAACAGUAAACAAUUCUAUCAAGAAGAAACCUCAAAAGAAACGCCGUGUAACGGCCAAUUUAGCUGCAACUAAGUACGAUGUUGGUAAGUCAAAAUUACAACUUAUUUUGGGCUUUAGGUACUUGUACAUGGUCAUACUUCCACGAGGAAGAUUGGUUACAUUUGUUCUUCUUGUACGUGGAAGAUUACCAAAGUUACAAGUGUAAGAUAUGUUUGUGCAGUUUUAUCGUAUCGUUACACAUAUAUUUUGAGAUUUAAAGUACGACAAGUAAAAAACUUAAUUUUCGUGCUUCGUUUCGCUCUCGUUAAUUGUUGGAACUAACAAAGGUAACGUGGAUCUUUUGAUGCAAAAUAAUCGUCAUCAUUGUUUCUUUGGAUCUGUGGUUUAAAAUUAUCGACAUGGUUUCAAAAGAGCUUAAUUACUUCUUUGUCCCUAGACUGUGAUGCGCGCUCAAGAAGUAUUUUUGAGGCGUUCUAUAGUCAACUUCAUCGCUUAAAUUGAUCAGACGCACAUUUCUUCAACCAAGACUAAUACAAAAUUUUUAACGCUUUAAAAUAUUAAGCUUUAUGUUGCCAAUUAUGCAUGUUUACAUUGUAGUCACGCGUCCAGAGACUUAAUGUUGAUAAUUAACACUUUUGGUGUAUGCUGUUACCAUCCACAAUGGACCGUUGAAGAGUCGACUUAUUUAUUACUAAGGCAAUAAAAAUAAGCUCGCAGACACAAACUAGCCUGAAGGAUCACAAACUUAUCGGCUUCAUUUGAUUUGGAUCUGUAAGCACGUGCAUUUAGAAAAAUUCAUUUUCGAUUUGUUAAAAUAAAUGUAUUCUUUUCUUCACAUGUUUGUGAACAUGUACGUGUAUGUUAUGUAAUCUCUCUUAAUUGAGCCCUCUCCCUCCAACCCCAGGUCUUGAAAGCCCUUCUCAGUAAAGUUCCCUCUACGAGAAGGAUAAUAUUACAACAGCAAAAUCACUUAAAGAGCACUUUUCCGAUCAGUGUAAUCACAACCAAAGUAAUCCCAAUAGCUAGUUAUAAAAAAAAGAACAUAUCACUUAGGACCACCAAGAACUGACAACACAACAAGAAGAUGGUGACUAAAGCCCAACAAAAUGCAGUUGAUUUAUAUCCUAUUCACACUAGUAGAACAUGUUAAGUUAAACAAGAGGUUUAUAAUCGAAUAAAAAUCAGAUACAGAGAACUGAAAAACUUAAUUUUCUAUGGGAUCCAUCUAAUCACCAACUUUUAAUUUCAAUGCACUAAAUUUGAAAUUAACUAACAUCUGUUUAAGCAGCUUCUAUGAAGAAAAGAAUUUAAACUCUGUUUUAAAAAAACACCCAUGAAAAAGCUUUUAAGCAUUAUUGGAAUGACAUUUAAUGGGAUAUUAGUUGGGACUGAAUUAGUUUUACUUCUGAUUGGGGGAGAGGAUGAUGCAAAUUUUCUGAAAAAGUAGUUGAGUGAAUCAAAAGCAAAGUGAGAUCAUAACUCAUAUGAGUAUGGAUUCAGCUUCUGAUACUUUUCAAGGAAUUACUGUAUAUCUGAAAUUUGGAAUUAUCUCAUAACAAUGUUUUUUCAUUAUAAAAAUUCUCCCUUGCAGUUAGAAAAGUUUGUCUUCAAUGUGGAAUGUAUCUUGCAAGGGAUGAUGACUCAAACAGGUGAGUUAACAGUGAUAGGAAAACUUUAUACAUGUAAACAAUUUUGCUUCAAAGUAACCUGAUGGAGGAUGUAGUGUUACAUAUACAAAUAAAAUGUCAGUCACUGAUUAUUUUUUUACAUCCAUCUAUCUUAAAAGCCAUAGUUUUUAAUCAAUUUGAUAAAUAUGAUUUUCUCUCUUCAACAAUGACUUUCUCUACAUGCAGUUUCCUCAUUUGGAGUGAUUCAUCAGUGGCAGUUGAAAAAAUUAUAGAACUAAAAUCAUUUCAGAUAUGAUAAAUUUUUGUUACUAAUUAAGUUGUCUGAGUAGACCAUAUAAGAUGUGAUAUUGUGGGAAUCUAGACAAAUCACUGUGCAGCAUACCUUCAUGCAAAGAAAUAAACACUCACAUAGCCUGUAUCUUAUACAUACACAUGUUCACAAAUUUAUUCGAUACUUCCUUUAUAAUAAUGAAUAAUUUAAUUCUUACUGUUUUGUCUUCACUCUAAAGAAAAUCAACCAUUUUCCAAGUAUGGGUGAGAUUUGUAGGAAGGAUAACCUAGCUUGGAAUAUGGCAAAGUAAGUGUUUAAUCAGU